AUAGAACCGCGUCCACGGUCUGUUCUUACUGUGCCCAUUCCAAUGACUGUCGUGACAAAGGCCUCAAGAGGGUUCCACCAGACCUACCCACAAGUGUCGAUUGCCUGAGGUGUAACAAAAACGCCAUCGUAUCCAUAACUCAGUCUGACUUCUCCAGGUACACGCAGUUAAAAGUGAUUGAUUUGUCUUAUAAUAAACUAACCGUUAUUCAGAAUGGAACGUUCAGAAACCAUCCCCAGCUUUAUUGUUUGGAAAUACUUGCAAACCAAAUAACUGAUAUUAAACAUGCCGCAUUUUCAGAUCUACCAAAGCUUUAUAAAUUAGCCCUGAUGGUUAACAAAAUAGCAAACAUUCAACAUGACUCAUUUUUAAACCUACCCGAGCUGGAGCAUUUGUACCUAGGAUAUAACGAGAUAACAAGUAUCAAAAAGGGCACAUUCUCAAAUCUACCCCAACUUUUUAAUUUGGGCUUGUUCAAUAACAAGAUAUCUAAUAUUGAACACGGUUCAUUUUGGAAUUUACCCAAGCUUGCCGGGCUGCAGCUUUAUAAUAACCGGAUAAAUAAUAUUAAACCUGGUACAUUUGCAAACUUACCAAAUCUACAACUUUUGGAUCUGAAAAACAACAAAAUCAGUAUCGUUCAGGGUGGAACAUUUUCAAAUCUGCCGAAACUGAAGAAACUGUUUCUAAACAAUAAUCAAAUCACGAUUCUGUCAGAAUAUAAUGAGCUGAUGUCGAUUGCAAAUUGUGACUGUAGGAUGCUCCCCUUCAGACAAAAGAUGGUUGGAAAAGUUUUUGUGGACCACAUCAUAUGUGAAAAGCCCAGUCGUUUUUUAAGGCGAAAGCUUAAAGAUAUAAACCCCGAUGAUCUGAUAUGUGACAAACCACAAAUACGAGUUCUGGUGGCUCCACGUCUGCCAACCUGUCUAUCUACGUACAAGGACCAUCAUCUGUAA